CCACCGCCUGCAUUGGCCUCCAUUCCAUGGUUGGGAAAGCUCACCCGACGGUUGGACGAACGGAAUCCAUUGACUGGGGACAUUUUUUCAACGCUGAGGGCAGCUUCCCGGACUAUUCCUUACAGCUUCUUUCGCGACACAUUGCUGCCGGCGUCUCCGACCUGCGUCUUAUCCCCUUCUUGGGAAUCCCCUCGCAUAGACUCCCUUUCCUUUUCUUUUGCCCGGUCGGACAAACACAUCCAACAUGCUGUCGCAGAGAUUAAUAGGCCGCACCGCGGUCAAGUCCGCAUUCAGACCGUCAGGCCUGCCCUCGAUUGUGUCCGCGCCCAGAUGGAGGCGGACGUAUGCCACCCAGGCUGAGGAGAGGGACCUCGUCAUCAUCGGCGGUGGUGUCGCUGGCUAUGUCGCGGCCAUCAAGGCUGGCCAGGAGGGCAUGAAGGUUACAUGUAUCGAGAAGCGUGGCACCCUCGGCGGCACUUGCCUCAACGUUGGCUGCAUCCCGUCAAAAUCGCUGCUCAACAACUCGCAUCUGUACCACCAGGUCCUUCACGACACGGAACACCGCGGUAUUGAGGUUGGCGACGUCAAGCUCAACCUGAAACAACUCAUGAAGGCGAAGGACCAGGCAGUCACGGGCCUGACCAAGGGCGUGGAGUUCCUGCUCAGGAAGAACGGCGUCGAGUAUCUGAAGGGCACAGGCUCGUUCCAGGACGAGCACACCGUCAAGGUGCAGCUCAACGACGGCGGCGAGACGAGCGUUGUCGGCAAGAACAUCCUUAUCGCCACCGGCAGCGAGGUCACCCCCUUCCCCGGCCUCGAGAUCGACGAGAAGACGGUCAUCAGCAGCACUGGCGCCCUUUCGCUCGAGGAGGUGCCCAAGAAGCUGCUGGUUAUCGGCGGUGGCAUCAUCGGUCUUGAGAUGGCCUCGGUGUGGUCGCGGCUCGGGUCCGAUGUUACCGUGGUCGAGUUCCUCGACCAGAUCGGCGGCCCCGGCAUGGACACGGAGAUUUCGAAGAACAUCCAGAAGAUUCUGAAGAAGCAGGGGAUCAACUUCAAGACGGGUACCAAGGUCGUCAAUGGCGAGAAGACGGGUGAGGGCGUCAAGAUCAACGUCGACUCGGCGAAGGGUGGCAAGCCCGAGACGCUCGAUGCCGAUGUUGUCCUCGUCGCGAUCGGUCGUCGCCCGUACACGGGAGGCCUCGGCCUUGAGAACAUUGGGCUCGAGCUUGACGAGCGGGGCCGCGUGAUCAUCGACUCGGAGUACCGCACCAAGAUCCCUCACAUCCGCUGCAUCGGCGACGUUACUUUCGGGCCCAUGCUUGCGCACAAGGCUGAGGAAGAGGCCGUAGCGGUCGUCGAGUACAUCAAGAAGGGCUACGGUCACGUCAACUACGGCUGCAUCCCCGCCGUCAUGUACACGUUCCCCGAAGUCGCCUGGGUCGGCCAGUCCGAGCAGGACCUCAAGAAAGCUGGCAUCAAGUACCGCGUCGGCACGUUCCCGUUCAGCGCCAACUCGCGUGCUAAGACCAACCUUGACACGGAAGGCAUGGUCAAGAUGCUGGCCGACCCCGAGACCGACCGGCUGCUCGGCAUCCACAUCAUCGGCCCCAACGCGGGCGAGAUGAUUGCCGAGGGCACGCUGGCGCUCGAGUACGGCGCCUCGAGCGAGGACAUUGCGCGCACCUGCCACGCUCACCCGACGCUGGCCGAGGCGUUCAAGGAGGCGGCGAUGGCGACAUACUCGAAGCCGAUUCACUUCUAAGCCGAUUGGGGGCUUGGGGGGCUUGGGCGUAGCGUUUUCUUGUGUACCCGUGUACUUUAGCUUGUUUUCCCUCGUCAUGGAUCAUUGGUAAAUGGACUCGGCCGGCCGGCAUGUAUUGAAAGCUGAAGCUAAUCUACCGAAGCGGGCGAAACGGCGAGUUCUGCUUUUGUGGCACUGAGGAACACUGUUAGAUGGUGGAUGAUGGGUUUAUAGCAGGCCAUGCAAGGUAGUUAUGGUAUUUCGCGAGAAGAUAGACAUUUCAUUUGUUCAGGUUUCGAGUUCUCUGCAGCAAGAUCCGAGUGCCAAGUUCGAUCGUGGUUGAGGGAGGGAGCUUCUUAGAAUGCCAGUCAGACAAGGGGCCCAAAAAAUAAAAUAAAAAAUAAAAUAAAAUAAAAA